CUCAAUUCUCACUAUGUUUUCCAUUUUUUCCAAUUUAUAAUCUGUGUUGUAAAGCAAAACUUGGAAUUCGAGUAGUCGAUGCGGAAAAAGUUGCAAAAAAUUCCAGCGCAGCAUGCCAAAUCCUGUGCAUCAUCAAUUUCGCGUUCAUCGCGUAAUUUUGUCGCAGUCCAUUCCCAUCGGUGGUGUUGUGCGCACGCAUCUUGAGAAUGGCUGCAGUGCGGUCCUUGGCUGUGUUUGACUUCGACCGGACGAUUGUGGAGGAUGACUCCGAUGCAACGAUCAUCAAUAGGUUGCGUGAGAAGAAACCACCGCCCGAGUGGGAGGCUGGGAGUCAUGACUGGACCCCAUACAUGAGUGAUGUGUUUGAGCACGCAUAUUCAGCCGGCUUCCAUCCCUCGGACAUCCUGGAGUCCAUAGCAUCCAUGAGACCCACCCCUGGCAUACUGGAGCUACUCCACACCCUGGCAGAGAAGGGCUGGGAUGUGCUGGUCCUGACCGAUGCCAACAGUGUCUUCGUCAACCAUUGGCUCAAGACGCAUGGAGUAUUGGAGGCAGUGACGGAUGUGGUGACCAACCGCGCGUUCUGGCGCAACGACCGCUUGUACAUCGAGCCGUGCAUGCGCCAGAGCGCGUGCGCGCGCUGUCCCAGCAACUUGUGCAAGUCGCUGGCGCUGGCGCGGUGGAGCAGCGCGCGGCGACACGCGACCGUCGCGUACGCCGGCGACGGUCGCAACGACUACUGUCCUGCCACUGCCCUGCCGCCACACGCGGUGGUGUUUCCCAGGAGAGGAUUCCCCAUGCACGACCUGAUCAAGAAGACACUCUCGUCUCCCACACCACAGGUGCGCUGUCGCGUGGUGCCCUGGGACACCGCUGUGGACAUCGCGCGCGAGCUGUUCCCGGAACAGCAUAGCUAGGAGACAACCCUGCACCCCAGCUUACACCUGCGAGUCAGUCAUAUUACAACGCGACAGUCGCCCGCACUGCAUAUCAUCUGCAACUUUUUCUCCAACACCAAUCCACGGAAAAUUGCUAGAGGACUAAACCACCCACUUGCUUCUUCCUACCGAGAUGUCUGCAAUGCAUUACAACGCGACUGUCGCACGCACUGCAUAUCUACUCAUUCGCUAACACCAAUCCACGGAACUUUGCUAGAGGACUCACCCACACCACUUGCCUCCUCCUUCCGAGAUGUCGGCAAUGAAUUACAACGCGACUGUCGCGCGCACGGAUCCAUAUCAUCCGCAAGUCUUUCCCCAACAUCAAUCCACGGAACAUUGCUAAAGGCCUAACCCACACCCUUGUUUCCUCCUUCCAAGCUGUCGGCGAUGCGUUACAACGCGACAGUCGCGUGCACGCAUGCAUAUCAUCCGGAAAUCUUUUUCAAUCACCAACCACAACCAUCAACCAAUAGGGGACUACCACACCCACGUUUGUCGCCCGACAAAUUGCGACAGUCGCAUACGCCCUUGCAAACCGCCUUACAAAUAUCACACCAAGGAGCUUAACAGGGGAAUUAUCACUUCUUCUAAACCAAUAUUGUCGCGCUAUAUAACUUGACAGUUUUACAAGUUGGCCCUUGACUACAAUCUCACCUGAUGGUAAGUGAUGAUGCAUUCUAAGAUAAAAGAUGGCGAACUUGUUAGGAAGAGGGUGAAAAUCCACACCCCUUUAGAUUUCUAUACGACAUCGCACCGGAACGCUAAAUCACUUGGCGGUACUUCUUUGCCGGUAGGGUGGUAACUAGCCAUGGCGGAAGCCUCCCACCAGCCAAUAGUAGCAUGUAGAUCAUGUCCAAAUUCUUCCCUUAACACAAUAUCAAAUGUACGAGUAGUUAUAACCCUCUUACCCUUUUCCAAUAUAUGAAGUAGAGACUCCAUCCAUAUGUAUAAAGUAGAGAUUCGUCCGUCCGCGCGUAUAACAGUGGAAUUCAUAGACGUUGUGGGGGCGCCCCUAGGGGAUCGUUCACCCGCCGAGCGUCGAAUUUAAACUCAAUGCGUAUGAGAAUCUCUAUGAAUCUCUAUGAAUUCCACUGUAAGAGAGACAAGCGCAAGGGCGCUGCGACUGUCGCGCAAAUAAUUGCGACAGUCGCAGAUCGCCUGCAAACUCAUCACCUCAACAAAUUAGUAAAUAGUACAAAAUGCACAGAAAAGUUACAGUAUUUUAGUUGUAAACAGUCCAAUAGUUCAAAUUUUAUUUUAUGUAAUUUAAUGCAUAUUUUUGUAUAAUUUACAUGAUUGUUAUAUAUUUUUAUUGAUGUAAGAUGAAUUAAUUAUUUUAUUAUAUAGAUUUUAAUGUAGCAAAUAUUUUAGGUAGUCUUUUAUCUUUAUGAAAUAUGGAAAUGCCUCUUAUGGAUAAAAAGUGACGUCAUUUUAAAUCCAAUAUGGCGGAUCGUAUAUCUCCCAUAAUAUAUGUAUCAAAGGUAAGGUUUUGUUAAGAAAGAAAUAAAAUGUUGUAAAGGAGAUGGUCCAAAAUUGUAUUGUACCCUGGCGGAAAUAAAAGAAAAUAUUUUUUUUAACUAUUUUUGAUUAUACAAAUCUACGAAUUUACUUUAAUUCUUUCGAAAUAAUAUUCAUUCUCUUCAAGAAAUGCAACACUAUUAUGGGUAUUAGUGGCGGAUUGAUGACGUUUUCAAUGCAGUAGUCGAUUUGACGUUUGCUGUCAAUUGUCAUGUUAAGGGCGCCAUCUUGUUAUAAGUCAAAAACUUAGGUUUUAAUGUUAUUUAUUUAUUUUUAUUUAGUUACAUUUAUUCACUUAUUUAGAUUUUAAUAAAAUCCUUGUGUUUUAUAAAUUUUAAUGAUACGGGGUGCAAUAGUGGAUCUGAAAUGGACCAUCUCCUUUAAAAUGUAUAAGCUCUGUGAUUGAGCUAGUCCAGGGAUGUACUACCGAAAUAGAACUGUUGUCGUCUGUCGGUGUAAGUCCGACUAAUUUUGAACCCAUAGUCGCACUGCAAGAAUCGUGUUCUUGGAUGGGUUCAGUAUAAGUCGGGCAUACACCGACAAAAGCGAAUUGAAUCGUAUAUUUUAUUAUAACUUACAAUUCCUAAAGAUUCUAAAAAUUAUAGAUGGGUGUUGAAUAUUGUGAAUUAUUUAUUUAUUUAUUUA